AUGCUCCGAUUUCAAGUUCCAUCUUCGGUACAACGCAUCGAGAUUUUGAUGCAAGAAGCGAUGGAAUCAAACCGUACACGUAUACACGGAUGCACAAACAUUGGAGAUGCUCAACUUAACAUCUUUAGCCAUUUUUUGAUUUUGAAAACAAAUUUGAAAGUGUAUGCAAGGCUGGAACCUAUGACUAGAUUAUGA